AUGUCGGACACAAAGCAGCCUGUGGCCUUCAUCGGCCUCGGGGCCAUGGGGUUCGGCAUGGCCACUCAUCUCAUCAAGCAAGGUUACCCGGUAACGGGCUUCGACGUCUGGCCGCCAACCCUAGAAAAGUUCACAUCCGCCGGCGGUCUCACGGCCACUACGCCUGCCUCGGCCGUGGGCGACAAGCCGCUCUGCGUCUGCAUGGUCGCCACCGCGCAACAAGCCCAAUCUGUGCUUAUCGACGGGCCAGACGCCGCCGCUCCGGCUCUUCCCCAAGGAGCGGCCCUCCUCCUCUGCUCCACCGUCCCUUGUGACUAUGUUCAAUCUCUGGCCAAGCAGCUCUCCGCCAUUGGCCGUCCGGACAUCCAUCUGAUCGACUGCCCCGUUUCCGGCGGUGCCGCCCGCGCCGCCGACGGUACCCUCUCCAUCAUGGCGGGCGUGCCCUCCGAAGAGGCACUCACCAAGUCCAAGCCGCUCCUGGGAGAGCUGGCGGACCCGGCCAAGCUGUACAUCGUCCAGGGCGGCAUCGGCGCUGGUAGCAACAUGAAGAUGGUGCACCAGGUGCUCGCGGCGGUGCAGAUUCUCGCGGCGAGCGAGGCCAUGGGAUUUGCGACUCAUCUGGGGCUGGACCCGAUAAAGACGUAUCAGGCUGUGGUGAACUCGGAUGCGUGGAGCUGGAUGUUUGAACACCGGGUGCCGAGGAUGGUGACGAACUAUCAGCCCAUUGCCAGUGCGACAGUGAUCAUUGUCAAGGAUACGAGCAUCAUCACGGCCGAAGCCAGGAGGAGCGGGUUCUCCACGCUGAUGACGAGCGUGGCCGAGCAGAUGUACUUCUCUGCCAUAGGAAGGGGAUACGGGGCGGACGACGACAGCGGGCUGGUACGGUUGUAUGCCGAAGGCAAGGGGAGGGCUGGACCGGUCCAAGGGACUGCCGAGAGUUACGAGGAGAAGCUGGCGCUGGUGAUGGGAUUGUUGAAGGGCAUAUUGCUUUGUUCAGCAGCCGAGUCUUUGGCUUUCGCGGAGAAGGUUGGGCUGGACCUCGACCAGGUGUUUGACCUGUGUAUCAACGCGGCGGGAGGAAGUCAGGUGUUGAAGAAGUAUGGCCCGAGCAUCAUCAAGGCUUUCCGGGAGGGCAAGGCGAGGGAGGGCUGGAGUGCUGCCGAAAGCGAGACCAGUCUCAAGGAGGUUGCGGGCGGGCUCUCCGCUGCUGUUGAAGAGGCUCAGAGGCUCAAGGCGCCCGUCUUCUUGGGUAGCCAGGCGCUGAAUGUUGUUCGGCUUGCGCUGCAGUCGAGUCCAGCUGGAGUGGCGGCGGGGGCUGUUGUCAAAGUGUGGAACUCGAGCAGCGUUUGA